CAUGUGAAAGGGUUUACGGCGUUGUUUAUGAACUCCCGGAGGGCAAAGUAACCAGCUAUCGACACUACUUAAUUGCAAGGAUUUAUUUAUAAGGGACUUUAUAAUGUAAUGGAAUCUUGAUUAUAUCGUGUGAAUUAAUCACAAUGGAUGUUUUUAUAACAGAGGGUGUUUAGCUACAGCCAAGAUUCUUGUGCUGGGAGACAACGUAACUUUUAUCCCAGCACAAAGACAAUUAUUGGUUAAAUUGCAGCUGCCAAUUAUCUAGCCACCUAGCUAAUCAUUCGCUUUGCGACCUAGUCGCAUUUUGGCCCUUUUGCACUGUUAACUAACCUACCUGCAAAGUGAACCAACGUAAGGUAAAAUUAGUGAAGGCUGCUACGGUCUCAGGCAGUGACAUGGCCAACCCUCUGAGGAGUGAGGUUAGACAGCUGUACAAGAACCUCCUGUUUUUGGGACGGGAAUACCCCAAAGGAGCAGACUACUUCAGGGAACGUCUGAAGAGAGCCUUUAUGAAGAACAAAGAUGUCACAGACCCUAAGGAGAUCAAAAAGCUAGUUGACCGGGGGGAAUUUGUGAUAAAGGAACUGGAGGCCCUGUACUAUCUGAGGAAGUACAGAGCCAUGAAGAAGCGUUACUACGAAGAAGAAUUGUCCGCCGUGCUGAAUAUAGGCUGACCGAUAGAUUGAUAGCCUAGAUAUUUGGCAGUUAAAUCUUCAGUAUGCAAGUUUUAGUUUAGCCGUCCAUGAACACGAGUGUUAUUAGCAACACAAACAUCCUUAGACACAAAUGUUAGCUAUGUAUUACAGAUAAAAGUAACAUUUCUAUUUUACUUAAGUCAGUUAAGAACAAAUUCUUAUUUACAAUGACGUAGGAACAGUGGGGUAACUGCCUUGUUCAGGGGCAGCACGACAGAUUUUUACCUUGUCAGCUCGGGGAUUCGAUCUUGCAGCCCCUUGGUUGCAAUCUUUCGUUUACUAGUCCCACGCUCUAACUACUAGGCUACCUGCCACCCCAAAUGAGCUACACUUGCCUCUCUUACCCACCUCGAGCUGUGGAAUGACAUCCACCAAAUGACUACAUGCAGUUCAAAUGCCUAGAGUUCUCUCGUGUACUAAAUCGUAAAUAAUACAUUAUAGAAUGUGUUGAUUACUUGUAGAAUGUAAUUUAAUGAUAUAAGUAUAAAUAUGACACAGCUAUUUUGAAUUAAUAUUAUUUUUUAAAUGUACAACACUGAUAGCACUAUGUUUUUAAUAAAUGGGAAACAUAAGUCAA